CCCAGAGCAACAAAGCCACCAUGAGUCUGCAGAAGUCCCUCAUCCUGUUUCCAUUGCUUGUCCUGGUGCUUGGAUGGGUCCAGUCUUCCCUGGGCAAGGAAUCUGCUGCCAUGAAGUUCGAGCGACAGCACAUGGACUCCUCGGUUGCCUCCAGCAGCAGCCCCACCUAUUGCAACCAAAUGAUGAAGCGUCGGAAUAUGACACAGGGGUCCUGCAAGCCUGUGAACACCUUUGUGCACGAAUCCCUGGCAGAUGUCCAUGCUGUCUGCUUUCAGGAAAAGGUCACCUGCAAGAACGGAAGGUCCAACUGCUACAAGAGCCACUCUGCCCUGCACAUCACUGACUGCCGCCUGAAGGGCAACUCCAGGUACCCCAACUGUGACUACCAGACCAGCCAGAAGCAGAAGCACAUCAUUGUGGCCUGUGAGGGGAACCCCUUCGUGCCAGUCCACUUCGAUGCUUCUGAGUAG